AUGACAGUCAACGAAAGAAGAAAUGCAUCCCUAUUUCUAAAGUACUGCACCGUCAGACCGUUCAUAUUCAUGGGCUACUCCUACAAGUGCUUCUAUUGUCAGAAGUACUUCUCUGAUUGCGUAGACCUGUUACAGCACACCUCCGGACAUGACAUUGACAGUAUUGACGUUAUAUUAGACAAAUACAUCCCUCAAGGCAAAAGGAUCCUGCAAGUUGACAUUUCGAAACUAAUCUGCAAAUUGUGUCAGGAAUACCGUAAAAAUUUAGACGGAAUGCGAGAACAUUUGAUUGAAACGCACAGUAUCGAAUUCCGUGAAGGCUUCAACGGUAUGGCGGAGUAUAAUUUAGAAUUUAAAGACGGCUUCUUUAAUUGUCAUGUCUGUGAGGAGAGGUUUCACGAUUUCCCGCUCUUAAAGUCUCACAUGACGUGCCAUUUCAUGAAAGUCGUAUGCGAGACGUGCGGCACAGGGUUCCUGAACCAACACGCCUUAUUGAGCCACAAAGAAAAGCACUCUGACAUCAGAUAUGAUUGCAGAAAAUGUUCGAAAACGUUCUUUAAAAGGAAUCAAUUGAAAUAUCACAACGAGAUCGUUCACUUGGGCAGGGCUCGCGUUAAAUUAAAACGAUGCGCUCAUUGUCCGGAAACCUUUAAAGAGCAUUACCGAAAAAUGUUACAUCUGAAGCAAGAGCACGGAAUCACAAAGAAGUUUAAGUGCCAUUUGUGUGAACACAGCUUCGUGACCCGACGUUGCCUUACCGAGCAUAAUAACAAAAUACACGCGCAAAAAUACAAAUGCGACGUAUGUUCGAAGUGUUUCGUCGUAGAGUCCAGAUUGAAGCAGCACUUGCUAGGGCACACCGGGGAGAGGAAUUACAAAUGUCCGAUUUGUAAGAACGCUUACAUGCACAAGAUUACUCUAAAGAAACACAUGUCGAGGAGUCACGACACGAACAAGAUGGCUACAGCGUCCGGAUCUAGUUUGGAAAUGAAAUGA